AUGUCAGAGGGGAAGUGCACAGGUUUUAUGCAAGUGACAGCUGGAAUGUUUGCGAUUGCUACAUGGCUAUGUUACCUCUUCAACCACCAGGAAAGCCUCAACGACUCGCACGUACAGGAUAUUCAAUGUGGAUACGUCGAUUCGGAUAUAAUUGGGGAUGGUGUACGGCGAGGUAUUUUGAUUCAAGAGAUAGUUCUGACUGUGAUAGCUUUGGUCGGCCUAACCCAUCCUUCCCCAACGGCAGCGAAAGAAGUUGGGGGAGGACUUCUUAUUACGCAUGUGUCCUUGGCUAUCGCACUGCAUGUUGCAUUGGGGCGUGGACAGCUCUCCAUGACUGACGCAAUUUUCGGAUCGAUGGUACUCGGCUCGCAAAACAUCGCCCUUUCAGUCGCGCUCGUCAUGAAGGAGACAUUAGCCUCUCGAUGGGAGGUAUGCCUCGUCCUCUUGGGACAGUUCAAGGGUCUAAUCUCCCUAGCUGUUCUCAUGGUCAAUUUUCUGAACAAUAAGUUGUCCACUGAAAAAUGCAAAUGUUUCUCAGUUAUCUGGUGGACAUGGUUCAGUAACUGCCCAACAUCAUCUCCCAAUGACCGCCUCACUUUCUGGAUUUAUUUCUCUCUUCGUUUUCUAAUAUACGGUCAAUCUGCCUACAUCGCCCUGAAAAAAUUCCAAAACUUUGACAGCGCUGAAAAGGCCGAAAAACGAGAGAAAGAAAGAGUCUGUGGGAGCCAUGAACUUUGCAGAUUUUGCAGCAGUUGCUCAAAAUGCUGUCACAAGGAUCAUGCGCCCGACGCAUGCAACUUUUGCGAGAUGUGUUCUAAGUGCAAGACAUGCGGUAUCCACCUCUAUAUGCUUGAGCCGCGAUUCUCUUUGCGCCCAGCUACGUCCAGUUUACUCUUCGCAGAGUAUGCAAUAUUUUCUUUCGUGACUUUGAAGAGCGCAGACCAUUUGAGAGACUUUUAUAACAUUCAAGAAAGUUCUCAAAUUUAUUCGAUUGGACAAGUUACUGCUCUAGUUAUUGCUGGCUUGACUGCACUUCGGGCAUCGUGGGUUUUUCUCUAUAUGUUUCAAGGUGAUUUGAGUCCCAUACAAGAGUAA